AUGGUGGGUCAAAGCUCUGAAAACUUUAAUCCUCCAAAAGGCACGACGAGUACCACGCAAGAGGAAGAUCCAGAAUGGUCUAGGAAUGCUACAAUAAAUGAAUACCUAGGGCACAAUGUUACAAAUGAAACAUUUGAUACUCUGUACGAUGUGCCGACUGGCAUGAUUGUGUUGCUGUCAUUUCUGUACGGGUCAAUAUCUGUACUGGCCGUCGUCGGAAAUUUCCUCGUCAUGUGGGUCGUGGCGACGUCACGACGAAUGCAGAGUGUAACGAACUGUUACAUAGCUAAUUUAGCCCUAGCCGAUAUCGUUAUAGGAUUAUUUGCUGUACCAUUCCAAUUCCAAGCCGCACUGCUCCAGCGAUGGCUGCUCCCACAUUUCAUGUGCGCCUUCUGUCCGUUCGUGCAAGCUUUGAGCGUAAAUGUCAGCGUGUUCACUUUGACUGCGAUCGCUGUGGACAGACACCGAGCCAUAAUUACACCACUCAGUGCGCACACAUCAAAGCGUAUCGCUAAAGUUAUCAUAGUAUUUAUAUGGGUGUUGGCGUUAACGCUUGCUGCACCUAUGGCGAUGUCAUGGGAAGUACACAUGGUGGAAGAACAGGAUCCAGUUUCAAAGCUGAUCCACGAGAAACCAUUUUGCGAGCCAACGGAGUUCGGAUCUCAUUCUUUAGCAAUUUAUAGACUGCUACUAUAUAUUUUCCAAUAUAUCAUUCCACUAUGCGUUAUAACUUUCGCCUACGUUCACAUGGCUAUGAAACUGUGGGGUGCCCGGGCGCCGGGAAACGCUCAAGAAACACGUGAUGCCAACCAAAUGAAGAAUAAGAAAAAGGUUAUAAAAAUGCUUGUUUUGGUGGUUGCACUGUUCGCGCUCUGCUGGCUACCUUUACAAAGCUAUUUGCUGCUUCAGUCUUUUUUCCCAACUAUAAACGAGUACAGAUACAUAAACGUGAUUUUCUUCUGCUUUGAUUGGCUGGCAAUGAGCAACUCUUGCUACAAUCCAUUUAUUUACGCUAUAUACAAUGAAAAAUUCAAGAAGGAGUUUAAACAACGUUUUACGUUCAGGCAAAAACGAAAUCGGUUCUCGAACGACAGUUAUGAGGAUGGUCAGUCGUACAGGACUCGCGUUGUAUCAAUACGGUCAACAAACGAAAGAAGUGUAUACUCGACAAGGAAAUCGAUUAACAUCACACCAGUGGACUCAUUAAAGGUCUCCAGAAGUUCCUGCCAUUGUGCAAGAAAUCAGAACAGAGAUUUGGACCGGGAAAAUUUAUAUAGGUCGAGAAAAUCUGAUGAAUUCGGAUCCUUCAGAAAUGGCACCAAUCAGCAAGAAAUGUCUGGCAGAAAACCAAUGUCAAAUAGAUUCGGUGAAAAUGAUUUACCCAUUGGAGACGAAAGGGUUAGUGAGCUGUACAUUUUUCCAAACAGCAGCAUAGUAGAAUUUACAGAUGUAAUAUGUGAUAACAAAGUGUAAAUAUUUACGAUUAAUUAAGUAGCUAAUUUAAGUAUUUAUUAUAAUUAAA